AUGGCGUCAUCACUUGCCUCAUCCGUAUCUUCCCUCCAAUCAUCUCUACAACUCCUUGACAACUCCAUCACCACCCUUGAUGAAGGAGUUAGCGAUUUCCCCCGCUUAUGCAAAGUCCUCCAAACAACACGACACUUUGAGCUCCUACCAGAACCAACCCUGCGAGAAGCGCAGCAAUCUCUCCUAGACGAAAUCACACCCAGCAUCGCCCACCUUCUCUCCCUCGCCUCAAAUCAUGUCGAGAAGCUAGCUCGUCGCGAGCAAGGUCUGAAAGCCAAAUGUGACCUUCAAGAAGGUCGCCUUUCUUCAAAUUCGGAAAACCGAGCCUCGGCGAUUCGCACCCAGUCCCAGAGCAGCGCGGCAAUGCGGGGUCGUCUGACGGCGUCAACGGGAAAUGCGGCAUCCAAGGCGGCGGAGCUACGACGGCUGGUCCAGAAGAAGGAGCGACUCAAGUAUGUUGUCGAUCGCCUGGAGUUGCAGAGUACCCAGCGAGAAAGGCAGUUAAGGAAGAGUAUGGCUGCGCAGUGA